AUGAACAGCGUGAGUGAGCAGGUCCAGUGUCUGCGAGACGCAGUGGAGACCCUCGAUUCGCGAGAUGCCACAGAAACCCAGACAACCACGCCAAGACAGCGUCGCGUGUCCGUCCGAGGAUCCAGCCCCAUUAGCCCUAAGUCGAGGGUGCUGCAAGAGCCACCCGCUCUUGUGAUUCACCGGCACGCCAAGGCACAGAAACAGCAGGGCUCGGUAUCCAAGACGGUUACAGCUGCUGCAUCAACAAAGGCUACAGAUGCCGGUGGUACCCAGCUGCGCCUGCACGGGCGCUGGAUGGACUUGGCCACCCAAAGUGCCGAGGGUCCAACCAAAGACACUCGGAAAAAAGUUACGCAUCGCUUGAGCCAGAUCGGUGGCAUGGGCUCGGAGCAAUCUCUUGCCAAGCCACAAUCCGUCGAACCCUUGCACCCACAUGGUGCAUUCAGGAUUUUCUGGGAUAUGAUAGCUAUGAUACUGAUAUUUUGUGACACAAUUAUGCUGCCGCUUGCACUAGCAUGGGAAGAGGACAUGAGCUCUGCAAACUUCUUCAGCAACAUGCUGUAUGUGAACUUUGUCAUCAGUUUGUCCUUCUGGACUGCAGACUUGCUUGUCAACCUGAAUACUGCGACAUACCGCAAGGGUACGCUGGUAACCCAGCGGUUUGCCAUAUUCAAGAGCUACUUGCGUGGGUGGCUGUUGUUCGACAUUCUGCUGCUCGGAUUUGACGUCAUGUAUGUCACAUCGGAAGCGGGCGUGUCCUCAGAGUUCCGUCUGGUUCGUGUGACGAGGAUUUUACGCUUGUUGAGACUUUUGCGCAUGCUCAAGCUCACAAGACUAAAUGCGAUCAUUGAAGAGACCGCGGCCAACAGCGGCAAGCAGUGGGUCACAGUUGUCAUCGCAAUCACGAACACAGCCUUGGGAAUGAUUUUCAUUGCCCACUUGCUGACCUGCAUGUGGUACGGGGUUGGGCGGGCGGUCGAAAUCGACAACUUCGACAACCCCACUGGCAUACAAAGCUGGACUGUGCGAGCAGGUGCGAAAGUGCAUGAAAUAGAGCCCUAUAUUCAGUAUCUCCAUGCUAUGCGAUGGAUCGUGAACACGCCCUCGCCGCCUGACAUCGAUCCCGGAAGUGCGACUGAGAGGAUAUUCGACAUCCUCGUGUCCAUAUUCUACUUGCUUGUCAUGGGUUCUGCAAUUUCAAAGAUCUCGGGCACGAUCGCAGAGUUGAGAGCGAUGAACGAAGCCAGAGAUCGCCGGCGCAGAGAGGUGCGACAAUACCUUAGCCAUCAGCAUGUAUCCUUUGAGCUCGUGUCUCGAAUCAUGCGCUUCGUGGACUACCGGCUUGAGAAGUUUUCGGCCACAAAUCUGGAUACCUCCUUGAUCUCCCCCACUUUACAGUUGGAGCUGUACGUGGGCCAGAGGAGCAGCUAUAUCCUGGAGAUGCCGAUCUUCAAGCUGCUACAGGAGUGCUAUCACGACGUCUUCGGCAGUGUUUGCGCAGCUUUGGAGAAACACGUCUACGAAAAGGGUGAAAACAUCUUUGUGGCCGGUUCCUGGACCUCCUGCCUAUACAUCACGGCCACCGGCAAUUACAGCUAUGUUGAAGGCUACGACGCGGAAGGUGAGGCAGCAGAGUUCAAUGGUACCAGGUGGUUUGGAGAACUCUCGCUUUACACCGAAGGUAGCUUACAUCAGUCAACUCUUGCUGCCGCGAGUUUCGCGGAGACCUUUACCUUGACCGGGCCUGCCUUGGCAGACUGCGUGAAGCAAUCCCGUGGUUGCAUGGCUAUGUUCUGUGACUUUGCCAAGGACUUUGUCACUGCAAUGCAGGGCAGCAAGACCAAGUGCGGAGAUCAGGAACAAGUCUACUGGGCAGAGGAGUGCUGCAAGAGGAACCAGCACUACCAGGAACUGUACCCAGACCCGAAGACUCGAUUCAAGAACAUCACCAUCCCCUUGAAGCUGAAGCGCAGUGGGAGCACGAGUGCCUCAGGAGAGGAGGGCGUCAGCUCUAAGGGCUCCCUCACUUUGCCAAAGCCUCGCUUCUCCAAGAGCUCCAGGAACUCCAAAGGCUCCCAGGGCUCCAUCAAAGCCGUCGCGUUUGAUUCCGAUGCAGACAAGAGCCCCGGCCUGGACUUCGAGCCGGUGCAAUCCGUGACCAGCUUGUACACGCGCUUCAGCGAAGGAUCCGCUGAAGUGAUCAAUCCAGGCUUGGAGUCCUACCUGAAGAGCUUAGAUGGGGAGAAGAUGGAGACCUACAAGCUCAUCGAUGAUCUGCAGACGAUCUUGCCAGAGUUGCACUCUGAGCACAGCCCGCACGUUGUCUUUGAGCAAGCCGCCGAGCGCGAGAGGGCCGAGUCGGCUUGUAUCAGUAUCUUGGCAUUGUACAAGGAUCGCUACGACAUCUUCACGCAACCCCAGGCUCCUCCUGUAAGGAUGCAGGAGGAGCAGUGGAUAGAACUUCAGAGGCUCAUCUGCUGGAUCGAGCCAGACGUAGAGCGAAUCCAUGCAGCAUUGGUGUUGCUGGCCAUUCGGGCGCUUGGGAAGUCGAAAGCCGUGCUCCAGCAGAUGCCACGGCCCGCGCGUCGCCCAGAGAGGGCGGUGCUCCAGCUCAUGGAGAGUGAACGGAAUGUGGUUCCAUCAGUGCUGUGGCUAUCCGAACGGGCGGAGAAAUAUAUUGAAAAUGCUCUGGAGAUCCAUGAGCUCUUCAACUUGGCCCAGAUGUUGCAGGGCGAGAACCUGCCCGCAAACAUAGGAGAGUUGCGCCGCUGCAUCGAAGAGAAAGGUGAAGACAUGUUCCGAUUCUACAUCUUAUUCUUGCUUGGCUUUAUGAGUGGCAUUGCUGCCGGGACUGGUUCGCGGUUCAUGAAUGGCAAGAAUGCAUCUGCAGUAAUCAGUGGCAUUCGCCUGCUGCAGCGGCUGAUGGAGGUUUCCCCCCAAGCAAUUUAUUGGGGAUACCUGGAAGAGAGGGCAGAGAAGCUGCGCCUGAAUUUCUAUACGGCGGAGGACCUCGUGCUCGUCCGCUUAUCCUGCCUGGCACGGGUUCAGGAGGAGAAGGAUUAUUUGCAGCUCCGGGCAGCGUGGGAUGCACUGAAGGCGCGCGAGCGGGCAGCAUUGACCGAUCAUUUCCUGGCAGAUGGCAUCGAGGAACAGGCAUUCAUCCUCGAGUUCUUGCCAAACUGUGUUGCCAAUUCAAAGGCAAACAACACCGUUGGAUUGACCGGUCUGCUGGGAGUCUUGGUAGACUUGCUCAACAACCUUCGCCUGAGUAUGGACUCGAUGCCGGACAUGGAGAAAGUCAUUCCAGUAGACCUGUCUGAAAUGGCGGAGUUCAUUGCCGUUGUGCAGAACCGAUUCGUUUUCUUAACUUGCGUGUCGAGAUGUCAGCUUCAGUUCAUUGGGCAGAGAGUCCAUUUGAAGAUGACCGGAGGAAACUGGGGCCGGACCACGGACCCGGAUUCAGACAUGACAAGCUUGGCAUACACUCUACAGGAUAUCCUUCAGAAGCAGGAGGUCCUGGAAGCUUAUAUUAUGCGUCGCGAAGAAGAAGGAGCCAAACGCCCCAAGCGUUCGUCGAUAUCGCUGGUGCGGGAUCAUAGUUGGAGUUCGGAGAUGGUGAGACAGGAGGCGUUUUGA